AUGUUUCGAGGCCUUGCAGAGCCAGAGCUUCCGGAACGGAUGCUGCUUUUGCCUGGCUCCUUCAAUCCAGUGCACGAGGGCCAUGAGGAGAUGGGCAAAGAGGCUGCUAAGAUGUUGGGAAGGCCUUGCAAUCAUGUGUUGCUGGAGCUGUGUGUCACGAAUGCGGACAAGGGAGUUAUCGAUGUGGAGUCGAUGCACAGGCGCAUUGAGAAGGCGGUGCACAGAGGCAACCAAGUGCUCGCGAGCGGCGCCAUGUUGUUCCAGCAGAAGGCAGAGAUGUUUCCGGGAAGCAUCUUUGUAGUUGGCUUCGACACCUACAGGCGCAUACUCGAUGCGAAGUACUACGCUCCAGCAGGCUGCUUCGAUGGAAGCUCUCCGGUCCAGCAACGAGAAUGGACUUUGAAUGCGUUGCGGCACCUGCACAGCUGUGGAGUGCAGUUCGUGGUUGCUGGUCGCAUGGACAGUGGCGACUUCAAGACGAUUGUCACGCAUCCGAUCCUGGACCUGCCGCAGGACUUGGCUAGCAUGUUUCGAGAGUUACCAGAUUUCCGCAAUGACAUCUCAUCCACAGCGCUGAGACAAAGAUCGCUGGACACCGCUCCAGUGCUCUAG